AUGGAAAGAGUUGACCCACUUUCAAGAUAGAUCACCCCAGAAGUUGAUAAAGCAAAAUUUGAAGUGAAUUAAGAUUUUCGAAUUAACUUUGUUUUUUGCAGUUUAAAUAUUCCACCUUUUUAAGUAGUUCCACAGUACUAAACCUUAAGCACUGUAUAAAAACGCACCAUCUGGGGAUUGAAAAUUAUAGAAUUUGGAGUUUUAGACUUGUAUCUUAGAUGCUUUUAAAAUAUUCAUGAAGCCGCCUCUACUAAUUGA